GGAGAAAAGAUUCUUCCAUAAGGAAUAAAAUAGAGAGAUGAAAUAUCCGUCAAGUGGGCGGGUGGAGGGAAGGAGAUACCAUGAAUGAAGUCAGUUUACGGAGAGAUGCAGGGAAUCUGUGACUGUGUAAGCAAACUUGCACGUGACAGGCAGACACCCCACUUGUCACAAUAAUCUAUUCUGCAAGUGGCAUCCCACUUGGCAUCCAUCAUGCUCUCUCUUCUCUCUCUUCCUCUCCAUUUUUCUAAUCCAAUUUAAUUAACUGCCAAAUCUGCAAAACCAGCUUGGACCUUGUAAGCUCGAUCCAUAAUCCUAUUUGGCAUUUCAUCAAACAGCUGAGAUGUACCAGCCUUCCUCUUCCUCCUCCUCUUCUUCUCAGGCUCACAACUCAACCGUUUCUGAACCCGCUUUGACCCGCUACGGUUCAGCCCCUGGCUCUCUCCUCCGCACAGCCGUCGAUGCUGUCAUAGCCGGAGGGGCUGGAGGCCCCCGACAUCCUCAUCCUCUCAUGCCUACGGGAUCCCACUACUUCUCCGGGGAGUCCUCCGAGUCCACCUCCAAAGUCAACGACAGUUCCAAAGAUCAUAACCUUCACAGACCGUACGGACUUCAGCAGGACGCCUUCGCCGGAUCCUCCUCUUCCUCUUCCUCCUUGCUCCGCCAGAGAAGCUCCCCCGCCGGCUUCCUCUCCCACCUUGCUGACAAUGCUGGGGGAGGUGGAGGGGGAGGCGGGGGUGGGUUCACGAUCACAAGAGGGGGUGGCAGCAGCGGAGGAGGAAACUACGGCUCUAACAGUGGGAGGUUGAAGUCUCAGAUGAGCUUCACUGGGCAAGACUCUCUCUCUCAGAUAUCAGAGGUAAGCGAGAGUGUUGUGGUGGAUGCAUCCACUUCUGAGCGUGCUUAUGCAAUGGACCACUGCUGGGACAACUCUAACUCCAACUCCAGCUCCAUUGUCUUCUCCGCCCCGCCCUCCAAACGCUCCAAAAAUAUUGACGGUGACAUCCUAAAUUGUCUCACUGCCUUAGACUCUCAGUAUAGUCUGCCACAAACUGCUCUUGAAAUGGCAACAAUGGAGAAGCUAAUGCACAUUCCUGAAGACUCUGUCCCUUGUAAAAUCCGUGCUAAGCGAGGCUGUGCCACUCACCCUCGCAGCAUUGCAGAACGGGAGAGAAGAACUAGAAUAAGCGGUAAGCUGAAGAAACUGCAGGAACUUGUACCCAAUAUGGAUAAGCAAACAAGCUAUGCAGACAUGCUAGAUUUGGCAGUUCAACAUAUUAAAGGUCUUCAAACUCAAGUCCAGAAGCUUCACACUGAACUUGACAAUUGCACUUGUGGAUGCAAACCAAGCUCAUAACUUACAUUGUUCUCCGAGAUUCUAUGGCAACACACAUAGAAGUAAAGGUUUUGAUGGGAUAGAAUGAAACAGAUUUUGUACCUUCCUAAUGAAGUGAAUAAUACAGGAAUAGAAUGAUUGUAGAUUAUCAAUUCUACAGUUGUACAUAGUGUAUGUUUGUAAUCUGUUAGUCUAGGAAACGCUUUUUCUUUUUCCUCAAGAAUUGAGACUUUGAAGCUGACAUUGAAGAUUUCUGUUCUUGUUUGGGUUUGGCUGAUACACUCGAUGAUUAAUUUGUGUGCUAUCGAAACUGGAUAUGAAGCUCGGACGGGAUGAAUUAUAAAGAAAUUAUCUGUCGCGCUAUAGUUUGAUUCACUGAUUAGGAACAUAAGUACUUAUCUUUGUAAUCAUAACUCAUAAGUUUAGUCUACUAAUAAUUUUGGGCUUAAAUUUAAAAA